AUGAUGAUGGAUGUACAGAAUGUUGCUUACGGUCAACAGAAAGUAGCAGCCCGUGCUCACCCUGCCAUGAUGCCUAAUCCCACAGGUGUGCACAUGCCCCUCUUAAGCCCAACACAGAGGGCAUCCAACCCGGACCCCCCGAUGGUCUCGCAACUAGACCUUCACCAGGAGGAGGAUGAGUGCGGGCGGGCCCGCCUGUGUGAGGAGGGCCGAAUUGGUGGAGGACCUCCGCGCCGAGGUCGAGAGUCUGAAGAGGGAAGUGGCGGAGCUCAGGGGCGCCAGGGCAGAAGAGGCGGGACCCUCAACCCGCCAGGGGAGGAGUCGGGCGCCACCCAAAACCCCGAGCAUCAUUCUUUGCAAUUGGAUGAGGAGAUGGAGGGAGAGCAGGUCCAGGAGGAGGAGGAGCAGGUCCAGGAGGAGGAGGUCCAGAAAGGGAAAGAGAAAAAGGAAGAGGAGGACAAAAUGGAGGAUAUCACAAAACAGGAUCUGGAGAACAUCCGCCAAAAUGUGGCCCUCAUCGCUGCGGACAAAAGCGAAAAAAAAGAAGUAUAA